AUGUACGCCGAAUCGUACGCCGACCUCAGCACCGAGAAGGCGAAGAAAAGGCUAGACGAAGUCAUCAAGGAGUGGAGGAGCUUCACGGACCUCAUGGAAUACCGGCUACGGUUCGGUGGCGACGUAGAGGACCGAUGGCGGGUCGACGGUCGGUUGGUGGGUACGAUUUCUGGUUUGCAGAAGAGACUCGGCGGCGAGCACAGGGAUCUGAACGACGUUCAUAACGAGUGGAUCAAGGAGGCGGGAAAAAAGUACGACGCACUGAAGGCGGAGGGGAACAAAGAGGGUGAGGUGAAGAAGUGA